UACACGCAUAAGCACAUACGAUUACAAUAGAUCUCCUCUCUCAAAGAAAGACCUUGCUUCAAUUAUUGAAGACGACAACAAACAAAAGCAAAAGUAGUAAUAAAAAUUAAUAAUACUAAUAGCAAAAAAGCGUGCAUGUGCUCAAGAAGAAGAAAAAUAUGGUUUGAUUGAUUGGAGGAGUGAAAUUGUGCAAUAAACCGGCGAGUUAAUUUGUGGGGAAAUUAAAGUGAUAGAUUUGAAUGGGGAUUUGCUUCAGUUCCGAUCAACCUAACGACCCAACCCCAACCCCAACCGCAACAGCAACCGUUACACCUGGGACAUCUCAUUCCGAUACAACUAGUGGCAGCUACAGUAGUAAUACCACCACCACCACCACUACUACCAGUAGUUCUUCUACAAGUAGUGGUGGGAACAGUAUCAAUUCCUCCCUAAGUAGCUUCUCGGUGGGGUCGUCGAUUGGAUACGGCCAGAUCUUAGCUACUUCUAAUUUGAGGGUCUUCACUUUUGCGGAAUUGAAGUCUGCUACGAAGAAUUUCAGAGCUGAUACACUGCUUGGUGAGGGAGGUUUUGGAAAAGUCUUCAGAGGAUGGCUUGAUUCAACUACCGUUGCAGUCAAAAAGUUGAAUUCCGAAGGCUACCAAGGACUCGAGGAAUGGCAGUCUGAAAUACAUUUUCUAGGACGGCUUUCUCAUCCUAACCUCGUGAAGCUGUUGGGAUACUGUUACGAGGGAACAGAGCUUCUUCUGGUCUAUGAAUACAUGCAGAAGGGCAGUUUGGAAAAUCAUCUCUUUGGAAGGGGCGCUGCUGUUCAACCACUUCCUUGGGACCUCAGGCUUAAGAUUGCAAUUGGGGCUGCUUCUGGCCUUUCUUUCUUGCAUACAUCCGAUAGAGAAAUUAUUUACAGAGACUUUAAGGCCUCCAAUAUAUUGCUUGAUGGGUCCUAUAAUGCAAAGAUAUCAGAUUUUGGGCUAGCAAAGCUGGGUCCUUCAGCUAGUCAAUCCCAUUUGUCAACAGCGGUUAUGGGCACACUUGGUUAUGCAGCUCCUGAAUACAUGCAAACAGGGCAUCUAUAUGUAAAGAGUGACGUGUAUGGGUUUGGAGUUGUUUUGGUUGAGAUUCUGACAGGCCUACGAGCAGUAGAUGCCAACCGUCCAACCGGGUUUCACAAUCUAACGGACUGGAUCAAACCACACCUACAGGAUAGAAGAAAACUGAAGAAUGUUAUGGAUCGUCAAUUGGGAGAUAAAUAUCCAAUUAAAGCUGCACUUCCUGUAGCUAAGCUUGCUUCAAAAUGUCUAGCACCUGAGCCCAAAAUGCGCCCAUCCAUGAAGGAAGUCUUGGAGGACUUGAAGGGUAUUCAAGCUUCUACUAACAGAACCGUGGUGGUUAACCCCAAUUAAUGGGUAUGAGAGGCUAUUGGUUGGUUGUUCAUUUUGUAUUUUCCUUGAACUCAAGUAGCUAGCCAGCAAAGAAAUUUAUGCAUUUAUGUUGCUUUUGUGAGUUGUGGAUUUGGUAUGCAUGUCUCUAGUUAGUUGAUCAGCAUGUUUUAUUGUCUCGUGUACCUAUUACUAUACUAGAAUCCCAAAUAUUCAUUUUGGAUCUCAAUCAAACUGAUAUAAGGAUUGUGAAAAGUAUCUGGUUGGUGUGUGCCGCCUGCAGUAUAGUAGACUAGUUUUGGAUGCUUUUUGCAUUCUCAUAUCA